AUGGCGAGCGUUGCAGAGGCUAUCAUUUUGUCCUCUUCUCCGACGCUGCCUAUGCGAACGCCCACGAAGAGUUCGAAUAAUCCCAGCAAGCUCCCGGAUCCAUCGCCACUGGAUCAAGCGCCACCGCCCUUGCCAUCGCCCUCCAAGCUACCAUGUCCGACGCGAUCUGGAUUCUUCCCCAAGUCUAAGACGACCGAGAAAACAACCCGGAAGAAACGUCAGCCUGCGAAAAAGGCAGAAAAAACCGCUCCAGAUGAGAAGGAUGUCUCUAAAGCACCCCCGAAGACGAAAAAAGCUACGACGGAACCCAAUCGAGACCCGGAGAUGGGAUCAAUUGACUCCAGGGAUAACCUCGCGAAGAAAGCUCUAGCGAAGAAGAAAAGUGCACCCCGAACAAGCAAGAAGGCGAAGGACGUUGGAAAUAUGAAAUUGUCUGGCAAAGUCAGUAAAGCAAGUGACGCUUCUCAGGCAACGACAGAGGAGAAAGCAGAGCCGAAGUCUGGUUCCAAAGCAAAAGCCGCCGCUGAAUCCGCUGAGACCAAAGAGCCUGAAGAUUUGAGCUUAAACGAAGCUUUGAAAUUGGACGAAGCAAUGGCGAGACGUCGUGACUGGACUCCUCCGAAAGAGACUCCCCUGAUAAACGUUAGUGCGGAGGACGAAGCGCCCGAAAUCCGCGAAACAGGUGGAUUUGGCAGUCUGCUUUCAGACUUCAAUUACGCUGGCAGCGCGUCAGACUCUUGUGAUAUUGGUCUGAAAGUAGACAAUGGAGGUCCAACAAAACGAAGAAGAAUCGAGGUAUGUGAGAAGAAAUUUGGCAACCCUCUUUUGGUGCUGAAUACUAAUGCCCCGAAGCUGGUCGAUCCUACAUUGCAAUCCAUGAUUACAGGAAAAACGGGCACAAAAAGAUCAACAACUAGCUCACCAACCAAAAACAAACCUCCAAAAAGCCAGAAGAAAUUCACCACUCUAACGGCUAGGAUGACAGCGCAAUAUGCUUCAAACGAAGUUUCACACUCUGACUUGAUGGAGGAUGUCUUGCCGGACAUCAGCAAAGCCAAAUCUCGUCGAAAAGCCAAGUCGGCAGUGGAGGAACCUUCAUUUAUUGUCCUAUCUCCCGAAGCCGCUACAAAAGCUUUGAAUGACCAGGAUCUUAUCUUCGGUACUUGUAGUCAGCUGGAGAGAGAAGAUUCUCCAGAAACUUUGAGAGAGCUGCAACAAGCUAUUCGCGAAUCUGAAAGUAUUUCAUAUAGCGGACAGAUCAUCGGGUAUGGUACGCCUACGCGCCUGGGAGCUGGCUUGACAGGCACAAAGAACUUGUGGGGAGUUGCAUCUCGAGACGCCAGCGGAGCUUUGGUUCAAGCAGAGAAAAAAGCGCUUGCUCCUUCAAAAGAGGCUCCCUCAAACGUAUCCAAGACCAACACAAGGAAUCCUCGAAAUGUCUCCAUAGGUCUUGAGGAUGAUUGGCUCGAUCUUGAUCUUGAUAUUGACACACCUGUCUCUUCAAAGAAUACCUCACAGCUGCAUCAAGGAGCCUUUCCACUUGCCGUCAAUGAGCAGCCACCGCUUGGCACAACCAUUCCAGCUCCAGCUGGCAAAAAGACAGCUGGACAGCCUGCUUCGAGUAGCCAGCAAGCUGACUCACAGCGGCCUUCCAUGCCGCAUUAUGCUGGAUUCACAGAUGCCGAACUGUCAAAGCAAGUUGCUACCUUUGGAUUCAAGUCUGUAAGAGGCCGCAAGAAGAUGAUCGAUCUGCUCCAAAAGUGCUGGGAAUCUAAGCAUGGGAUUAGUGAUAUACCCGCUGAAGUCCAAGCACCAGCUCCGAAAAAUGAUACGCAGAAAACGGAGCCAGCUCAAAAGCCAAAGCCCAAGAGCAAAGUGAAAACCAAGUCUACUAUAUCUUCGACGGCAAAGGACAAUGCAAUUUCAGUCUGUGAAAAUGCUUUGGUCAGCCCAAAGAAACAGCGGAAGCCGGCGAAAGCUCCUGCGCCCUCUCCAUCAUUCAUCGACGUUGAUGAAAUUCAAGACUCUGAGGAAGAGAUAUUUUUAUCACCAAGUCGAGUACAGCAACGAUAUACCCCUAAGUCUGGCCGCUUAUCCCCAGAACGUACGCUGGACAUAUUGACCAACAUAUCGCAUAAAUCCCCCGCGAAACGAAAGCCCUCUUCCAGGGGACCAACCACCAAGACCACAAAGACCAUCAGGGCCACCAAGAAAACAGCAAUAUCUGCGCCAGUUGUUGCCUCUGACCAAGCGACUGCAUCCAGACAGCAAAUCUUGCCUGACUUAUUGACCCAAAUUACCAAAGCUGUGCGGGUACAGCCAAAGCUCUCCCCAUCAUCUUCUUCUACAGGCAGUCGCAAGUAUCCGACGUGGCAUGAGAAGAUACUCACGUACGAUCCAAUUAUUUUGGAAGACCUUGCAACAUGGCUGAACGUCGAGGGACUUCGGCUUGUUAACGAAGAUCGCGAGGUCAGUCCAUUAGAUGUGAGGACAUGGUGCGAGAGUAAAGGCAUCUGCUGUUGUUGGAAGCAAAACGCAACCUGGUGA